AUGGAUCAAUCAGCACCUUUUCAAGUAAAAUCUCAUCACAAAGGUCGUGGCAUCUUCUCCACCAAAACCUUUGCUCCAGGCGAUGUUAUCCUCCCAUUUACACCCACGAUUCUCAUCCCCUCGCUUUCUCACAUAAAUACCAUCUGCAGCCAUUGCUUUAAACAAGCAGAAGUGCGUGCAUGUUCCAGAUGCCACGCUGUGUUCUACUGUGGUGCUGCUUGUCAAGCGGCAAAUUGGACGACUGUCCACUCCAAAGAGUGUAAGGUUCUGCGCAAGGUCACGGAACAAGGGCGCCCGGGACUACCAACGCCCAUACGUGCAGUCAUCCAAGCGCUGGUCAAGCCAGAGAUUGGUAGUUCGAUAGAGGACCUGGAGGGUAAUGCCGCGUCUUGGAGGAACAGUGAGAAAUGGGCGGACAUGGAGAUGAUGGCUAUGGGCGCGAGUGCCUUUGCUGGGUUGGGGACAGGUCAGGAGGAGGUUCAAAAGGCACUGGAUUUUCUCUGCAAAAUCCAAACAAACGCCUUUCACAGAUAUGACACCGACCUGGGUCAAGUCGGCAUCUUUCUAGGGCCAAAGCUCGCCAUGGCAAACCACUCCUGUAUCCCAAAUGCCAUGGUGCAGUUUAUCGGCAGGAAGGCUGUGUUGAGGGCGGAGAAACCUAUCAAGAUCGACGAUGAGAUCGAAAUCUCUUACACAGACUACACGUUCCCUCUGUCAAAGCGAAAACAGGCACUUGCACCAUACUUCUUUGACUUAUGCGCCGACUCACCUAUCAUCGACUUGAAUCGUCAUAGUCUUGUCGCGGAUGUUGGUAAACUUGGUCGACAUCCUGGCGCAACAGACCCAAACAAAGUUUCUGCGGCGAGAAGACACAGCCAGGAACUUUCUGAGCUGCUGGAAGAGAAAGAUUCAAGUGGCUCAUUGGAAACUCGCCGCGCAUCUCUACGGAAACACUACCAACGAUGUAAAGAAUUGGCCGCCGAAGACAUGUGGGCGGUAUCACCACUCCCACAACUGUUGUCGGAGAUAUCGAUCCUGUACGCCGAUCAAGGCAACUUUGCAUAUGCUUUGGUUACGGCAUGCUUCAUCACAACUUCCUGCGACUCCUAUCGGCAUAUUCUGCCAUACCACCCGGUCCGCAUCAAGGGUCUUUUACUCGUUGCUAAACUUCUAGCCAACACUGCAGCAGACACUGCCUCCCUUGGAAGCUCCCAAGCGGUAGCGAUCAAAGGAAACUUCAAACAAAGGGCUCUGCAGACGCUUCAAGAUAUCGACCAAGUGUCGCUGUGCCAGAUGUUGCUCAUCAUGAUUCUCAAGUCGGUUCCCAAGAGCUACGUGCAAGAAUGGGAGGUCUCGAUCACUGCAAAGCAGAUGUUGGAUGAGAUAGACCAACUGCCAGGUAGAGAGCAAGAGCUAUCACUGAUUACUGCUUGGAGAGAGGACUCGGAAGCUGAUCAAGCGCGUGCCUUUUUUGAAUACGCUGUGGUGAAGCAAGUUGACGCCCUAGCUAACCUGGGAUUGGAGGUACUCGAGAUGGAUUUUAGACAGUGA